UAAUAGUAUUUAUUUUCAUGUGGAGAGAAAUUUAAAGGAAAAUCAAAGUGACAUUAAUUUGCGCCUCUUGUCUCUUUGGAUUACAGAGAUUCCAACUCCUUAAAAGGCUCUCCUAUUUUCUAUUUUCUUUUUUAGAUUGGAAAAUAAAAGUAGGUUUUCCUUUUCCUGUCGAUUUAUUUUCCUCCUCCUUUUCUUCUUUUGUGUGUAUUUAAUUUGGGGGAUUAAAUCGAUUUCGCGGCGUGAAGAACAUUUAGACGAAUCCCCUCUCUCUCCCUAUCUGUUGUUCUCUCCGCAGUCAAAAUCAUGUCCGAUGGUUAUUACAAUUCGAAGAAGACCGAUGAUAUCUGCGACGAUGUUUGUGGACAGCAGGGAUCAAAAGCAGGAGCAACAAUCUCACGCCUCAAAUGCGUCCUCCGAGGCUUCGACGUCAGAACACUCCUCUGCCUCUUCAUCCUCAUCCCCUUCGCCAUCUUCGCCAUCUACCUCCACGGCCAGAAGCUCACCUACUUCUUCAGACCCCUCUGGGAAUCCCCACCAAAACCUUUCCACACCAUCCCCCACUACCACACCGAGAACGCCACCAUCUCCUCUCUCUGCCGCCUCCACGGCUGGCGAGUCAGAGACUCCCCGCGCCGCGUCUACGACGCCGUCCUCUUCAGCAACGAGAAAGACCUCUUGACCGUCCGCUGGAAAGAGCUCUACCCUUACGUGACUCAGUUCGUCCUCCUCGAGUCCAACUCCACCUUCACCGGUUUGCCUAAACCGUUCGUGUUCAAAAACAACAAGGACGAGUUCUCCUUCGUGGAGCCGAGGCUGACGUACGGGAACAUAGGAGGACGGUUUAGAAAAGGAGAGAAUCCAUUCGUCGAAGAGGCCUUUCAGCGUAUGGCCUUGGACCAGCUUCUUAGAAUCGCCGGCAUUGAGGAGGACGAUCUUUUGAUCAUGUCUGAUGUCGAUGAGAUCCCAAGCGCUCACACCAUCAACCUCCUGAGAUGGUGUGAUGACAUCCCUCCUGUCCUCCACCUGCAGCUCAAGAACUACCUCUACUCUUUCGAGUACUACGUCGACAGCAAGAGCUGGAGAGCUUCCGUGCACCGUUACAGUCCCGGGAAGACUCGGUACGCGCAUUUUCGACAGGGGGAUGUGUUGCUGUCUGACUCGGGGUGGCACUGCAGCUUCUGUUUCCGUUACGUUAGCGAUUUCGUGUUCAAGAUGAAGGCUUACAGUCACUCCGACCGGGUCAGGUUCUCUCAUUACCUGAAUCCUGUUAGGAUUCAGGAUGUUAUAUGCAAAGGGACGGACUUGUUUGAUAUGUUGCCUGAGGAGUACACUUUCAGGGAGAUGAUUGGGAAAAUGGGACCUGUGCCUCGCUCUUAUUCGGCUGUUCAUCUGCCUUCUUACCUGCUGGAUAACGCUGAGAAGUACAAGUACUUGUUACCUGGUAACUGCGUAAGAGAAAGACAGACAGGGUGAAAAGUGUUCUUCUUGUCUUAGUCUUAGUCAAAGCUUCGGAGGGCAUUUAUUGAUCACUCUUAAGGCGUACAGUCUUUUGACCCAAAGAAGAGAAGUUAAAGAAAGAAAAAACGUCAUGAUUGCAUAUAACACAAAUGCUGGAUUCAGUUGGUUGAGUUCUGAAGAUUUUUUUCAUCAGUUUCUUUUGAUACUACAAGAGGGUUUGUGUGAAAAAAAAGAGAGAGCUUACUUUGAGUUAGAGCUGCACAACACUUCCCAGGUUUUUUCAACAAUUGGGGGAAAAAAUGUUGGCUGAUUUAGUAGUAUAGAUGUUUUCAGGAUCCAUUUGUUUAUAUAUUAUCAUUCUCUUCGGUUCAUUGUUCUGGUUAUAUCAGUAAUUAUUCAUUCUUAUUCAUUUUCCAUCUA